CACCCGCUACAACCGACACGCAUAUCGCCGAACCUAAUUCCGAACCUGCUCCCCUCAAUCAAAUUCCAGGAUAUUAUACUCUCUCUCUCUCUCUCUGCUCAAAACGCAGUCGUAGAGAAGAAAGAGUGGGAAAGCUCACCAUUUCAGUUCUACGAAUUUAGGGUUUCUAAAAACCCUAGUUUUCAUCCUUUCCAUCCCACACAAAUCCAAUCCAUGGCGGACGAUCCGAUCUCUCAAACGCCAUCUCCUCCUCGGCCUCCUUCCAAUCCUCUCGGACAUGCCGUCAUUCCGAUCGUCAACAAGCUCCAAGACAUCUUCUCCCAGCUUGGCAGCUCCUCUACGAUCGAUCUCCCGCAGGUGGCUGUCAUCGGGAGCCAGAGCAGUGGGAAAUCCAGCGUUUUAGAAGCUCUGGUGGGUAGGGAUUUCCUGCCCAGGGGAUCGGACAUCUGCACGCGGCGGCCGCUGGUAUUGCAGCUCGUGCACACGCCGCAGAAAGUCGAUGGAGGGGAAGACUCUGAGUGGGGGGAGUUCUUGCACUUGCCUGGGAAGAAGUUCUUUGAUUUCGCUGCAAUUCGGCGCGAAAUUCAGGCAGAAACAGAGAGGGAAGCAGGAGGAAACAAGGCAGUUUCUGACAAACAAAUUCGUUUAAAGGUGUUCUCUCCUACUGUUCUUAACAUCACUUUGGUGGAUUUGCCUGGAAUAACAAAGGUUCCAGUUGGUGACCAGCCACAUGAUAUUGAGCUACGAAUCAGAACAAUGAUAUUAUCGUACAUCAAACACGAGACUUGUAUAAUUUUAGCAGUUACACCUGCAAAUGCCGAUUUGGCCAAUUCGGAUGCACUUCAGAUGGCAAGGGUUGCUGAUCAUGAUGGUUCCCGAACAAUUGGUGUGAUCACAAAGUUGGAUAUCAUGGACCGAGGUACUGAUGCUCGCAAUUUUUUGCUUGGAAAUGUGAUCCCCCUUAAACUUGGUUAUGUGGGUGUUGUCAAUCGUAGUCAGGAGGAUAUUAUGCACAACCGCAGCAUUAAGGAAGCACUUGCCUAUGAGGAGGACUUCUUCCGCAGAAAUGCUGUAUACCAUGGACUUUCAGAUCGAUGUGGCAUUCCUCAGUUAGCCAAGAAGUUGAAUCAGAUUCUGGUACAGCAUAUCAGGGCUGUCCUUCCAGGAUUGAAGGCCCGCAUAAGUACUCAAUUAGUUGCUGUAGCAAAGGAGCAUGCUGCGUAUGGUGAAAUCACUGAAUCAAAAGCUGGUCAGGGGGCUCUUCUCUUGAACAUCCUUACAAAAUUCUCUGAAGCUUUUUCUUCAAUGGUGGAGGGGAAAAACGAAGAAAUGUCAACAUCUGAACUUUCUGGUGGAGCAAGAAUUCACUAUAUUUUUCAAUCUAUCUUUGUGAAGAGUUUGGAGGAAGUGGAUCCAUGUGAUGACUUAACUGAUGAGGACAUCCGCACUGCUAUACAAAAUGCUACUGGUCCAAAAGGCGCUUUAUUUGUACCCGAGGUGCCAUUUGAAGUUCUUGUCCGAAGACAGAUAGCUCGUUUGUUAGAUCCAAGCCUUCAGUGUGCAAGGUUCAUCUAUGAUGAAUUGAUUAAGAUGAGCCACCGUUGUCUGGCUAACGAACUGCAACGGUUUCCCGUUCUUAGAAAACGCAUGGAUGAAGUUAUUGGAAAUUUUUUACGAGAUGGCCUAGAACCUUCGGAGACAAUGAUUGGACACAUUAUUGAAAUGGAGAUGGAUUAUAUAAAUACUUCACACCCAAACUUUAUUGGUGGGAGUAAAGCUGUAGAGGUUGCGCUGCAGCAAGUCAAAUCUUCUAGGUUACCUGUGUCUCUGCCCAAAUUAAAGGAUGGGGUAGAUUCUGAUAGAUUACAAGCAUCUGAAAAAAGUCUAAAAUCUCGAGCUAUUCUGGCUAGAUCUGGUGCAAAUGGAAUAAUCGCGGACCAGGGAGUACGAUCUGUUGCAGAUACCGAGAGGCCAGGGUCAGCUGGAAGUUCCUCUGGAUCAAGUUGGGGCAUUCCAUUACUUUUUGGUGGUAGUGAAAACCGUGCUUCUGCCAGAGAAAGCUUAGUGAACAAGUCAUAUAGUGAACCUGUUCCCAGCAUAGACCACAGGUCCUCUAUGAUCCUAUUGAAAGAGCCCCCAGCUAUCUUGCGGCCCUCAGAAACUAAUACAGAGCAGGAGGCAGUUGAAAUAACAGUCACAAAAUUGCUAUUGAAAUCAUAUUAUGACAUAGUCAGAAAGAACGUUGAGGAUUCUGUGCCUAAAGCAAUUAUGCACUUUCUGUUUGAGCCUGAUUGUGUUGGCAUGUUAGUGUUCUCCGCAACAUGUUGGUUGGGCUCCAUGCCAUUCUUUCCAGCCAACUGCUUGAACAUGUCAACCAUACAAAACGAGAGCUGCACAAUGUGUUCAUUAGAAAACUCUACAGGGAGAACCUUUUUGAAGAAAUGCUGCAGGAACCAGAGGAAGUUGCUACAAGAAGGAAGCGUACUCGAGAAACACUUCGAGUUUUGCAACAGGCUUUCCGGACGUUGGAUGAAUUGCCUCUUGAAGCGGAAACAGUCACAAAAGGUUACAGUCUCACCUCCGACCCAACUGGGCUGCCGAGGAUCCAUGGGCUUCCUUCAUCUUUCUAUCCAUCAAGUACUGAUUUUAGUACAUCAUACACAUCUUCUUCCAAGAACCUGAGGUCCCGAAAGUCAUCCCAUUCAGGGGAGCUGCGUUCGAAUCUGGAUGCCAAUGGAGGUGAACAUUAUUCCGGACUGGGAUCCUAUCCAGCAGUUGAUUUGUAAGCAUUCAAAGCCAUGCACAGUGCUCCAUUGUUUUGGGGUAUUUAAGCAUUUUUUCCCAGUUGGUUGCUCUAAAAAAUGUGGGUUUUUACUCCUGCUCUUGUUAAGAUUAAAUAAAUACAGUACCUUAGCAAGAAGAUAAAUGCAAGGCAGAUUAGCGCCAUUUUGUACAGUAUAAAUAAUCCAUUGUUUUCAUAGCCUUACAAUGCA